UCUCCAGAGCUUUGCCAAGCUGCCUCUGCUGCCGUGGAAGAGACGCUGAUGGACUCCACAACGGCCACAGCAGAGCUGGGCUGGACGGUGCAUCCUCCCUCGGGGUGGGAAGAGGUGAGUGGAUACGACGAGAACAUGAACACAAUCCGCACCUACCAGGUGUGCAACGUCUUUGAAUCCAGCCAGAACAACUGGCUCCGGACCAAGUACAUCCGGAGGCGAGGAGCACACCGCAUCCACGUGGAGAUGAAAUUUUCCGUCCGGGACUGCAGCAGCAUCCCUAACGUCCCAGGCUCCUGUAAGGAGACUUUUAAUCUUUACUACUACGAAUCAGACUUUGACUCUGCCACCAAGACUUUUCCCAACUGGAUGGAAAACCCUUGGAUGAAGGUAGAUACAAUUGCUGCCGACGAGAGCUUCUCGCAGGUGGACUUAGGUGGGCGGGUGAUGAAGAUUAACACCGAGGUGCGCAGCUUUGGGCCCGUCUCCAAAAACGGUUUCUACCUGGCCUUCCAGGACUACGGAGGCUGCAUGUCUUUGAUCGCAGUCCGUGUCUUCUACCGCAAGUGUCCCCGUGUGAUCCAGAACGGGGCUGUCUUCCAAGAAACUCUUUCAGGAGCGGAGAGCACCUCCCUGGUGGCGGCUCGUGGGACGUGCAUCACCAACGCGGAGGAGGUGGAUGUGCCCAUCAAGCUGUACUGCAACGGGGACGGCGAGUGGCUGGUGCCCAUCGGCCGCUGCAUGUGCAGGGCAGGCUACGAGUCGGUGGAAAACGGGACCGUCUGCAGAGGCUGCCCAUCAGGGACUUUCAAGGCCAGCCAAGGGGAUGAAGGAUGCAUCCACUGCCCGAUUAACAGCCGGACAACUUCGGAAGGGGCCACCAACUGCGUUUGCCGAAAUGGAUAUUACCGGGCAGAUGCUGACCCUGUCGACAUGCCAUGCACCACCAUCCCGUCCGCCCCCCAAGCCGUGAUCUCCAGCGUGAACGAAACCUCCCUGAUGCUGGAGUGGACCCCACCGCGGGACUCGGGGGGCCGGGAGGACCUGGUGUAUAACAUCAUCUGCAAGAGCUGCGGCGCCGGCCGCGGGGCGUGCACGCGCUGCGGGGACAACGUGCAGUUCGCCCCGCGCCAGCUGGGCUUGACGGAGCCUCGCAUCUACAUCAGCGACCUGCUGGCCCACACGCAGUACACCUUCGAGAUCCAGGCGGUGAACGGCGUCACCGACCAGAGCCCCUUCUCCCCGCAGUUUGCGUCAGUGAACAUCACCACCAACCAGGCUGCUCCUUCAGCUGUGUCUAUCAUGCACCAGGUCAGCCGCACUGUGGACAGCAUUACCCUCUCGUGGUCUCAGCCUGACCAACCCAAUGGAGUCAUCCUGGAUUACGAGCUGCAAUAUUAUGAGAAGGAUCUUAGUGAGUUAAAUUCAACAACAGUGAAGAGCCCCACCAACACUGUGACAGUGCAAAACCUCAAAGCUGGCACCAUCUACGUCUUCCAAGUGCGGGCACGUACUGUGGCUGGGUAUGGCCGGUACAGUGGCAAGAUGUAUUUCCAGACCAUGACUGAAGCUGAGUACCAGACCAGUGUCCAGGAGAAGCUGCCGCUCAUCAUCGGCUCCUCUGCAGCAGGACUGGUGUUCCUCAUUGCUGUAGUCAUCAUCAUUAUUGUGUGCAAUAGAAGACGGGGCUUUGAACGUGCCGACUCCGAGUACACUGACAAACUGCAGCACUAUACCAGUGGCCACAUGACUCCAGGGAUGAAGAUUUAUAUCGAUCCAUUUACCUACGAAGAUCCCAAUGAGGCUGUCAGGGAAUUUGCAAAAGAAAUCGAUAUCUCGUGUGUGAAAAUUGAGCAAGUGAUUGGGGCAGGGGAGUUUGGUGAGGUGUGCAGUGGGCAUCUCAAGCUUCCUGGCAAAAGAGAGAUCUUCGUGGCCAUCAAGACGCUGAAGUCUGGCUACACGGAGAAGCAGAGACGGGAUUUUCUGAGCGAGGCCAGCAUCAUGGGGCAGUUUGACCAUCCCAACGUCAUCCACCUGGAGGGAGUAGUAACCAAGAGUUCACCAGUCAUGAUCAUUACUGAGUUCAUGGAGAAUGGCUCAUUGGACUCCUUCUUGAGGCAAAACGAUGGGCAGUUCACAGUGAUCCAGCUGGUGGGCAUGCUGCGGGGUAUCGCAGCAGGCAUGAAGUACCUGGCCGAUAUGAACUACGUGCACCGGGACCUGGCCGCCCGCAACAUCCUGGUGAACAGCAACCUGGUCUGCAAGGUGUCUGACUUCGGCCUCUCCCGUUUUCUGGAGGAUGACACUUCUGAUCCCACCUACACCAGUGCACUGGGUGGGAAGAUCCCAAUACGGUGGACAGCACCUGAGGCAAUUCAAUACCGAAAAUUCACAUCAGCUAGUGAUGUGUGGAGCUAUGGAAUAGUCAUGUGGGAGGUGAUGUCGUAUGGCGAGCGGCCUUACUGGGAUAUGACCAACCAAGAUGUAAUAAAUGCUAUUGAGCAGGACUAUCGGCUGCCACCCCCUAUGGAUUGUCCAAAUGCCCUGCAUCAGCUAAUGCUUGACUGUUGGCAGAAGGACCGAAACCACAGACCCAAAUUUGGGCAAAUUGUCAACACUUUAGAUAAAAUGAUCCGAAAUCCUAAUAGCCUGAAAGCCAUGGCACCUCUCUCCUCUGGGAUUAAUCUCCCUCUACUUGACCGCACAAUCCCAGAUUAUACCAGCUUCAACACUGUGGAUGAGUGGCUGGAUGCCAUCAAGAUGAGCCAGUACAAAGAGAGCUUUGCCAGUGCUGGCUUCACCACCUUCGACAUAGUAUCGCAGAUGAGUGUAGAGGACAUUCUGCGAGUUGGGGUCACUUUAGCAGGACACCAGAAGAAAAUUCUGAACAGUAUCCAGGUGAUGAGAGCACAGAUGAACCAAAUUCAGUCUGUGGAGGUUUGAUAUCAACGUGUCCUCAUGCUCCACUUCCUUGAGGCCCUGCUCCCCUUUGCCCCUGUAUGUCUGAGCUCUAGUUCUUGAGUGUUCUGCAUGGAUCAGAGACAGGCAGCUGCUCUGAGGAUCAUGGCAACAGGAAGAAAUGCCCUAUCAUCAACAAUGAAUAGUCUCCAAGAGCUUCUAGAAUUUAAACAAUGGAAAAAGGGAACAACAAAAAAAAGACAGCUAUUUUGAAAACAAACAAACAGACAAUUAUUUUUAAAUAAUAAUAAAGCAAUUGCAUUCUUGAAAAGGGCUCCAAGACCAGGAGUCUCCAAAGGAAGAGAAUAGAGCAGCUUCAUCUAUUUCCUCUUGCACAAAGUUGCUGCAGCUGGGCCCAGACACCUCUGGAGCAAUGAGACGUUUUCAAGAAGAUGAAUGCGAGGAUAGAUCCCGAGAAGCACUUCUCUUUCUCACAUGGAGUGGCAGCUCUGGGAAUGUCCUGCAGCCGGCAGUACUUUCUGAAAGCCCCUGUUAGCAAAUCAAAGAGGAAAGAGAGCAGAGCUGAAGCUCUCUGGUGCUGUGGAACCAAGUGCAUCUCAGAAAUUGUUGGACUUCUUCAAAAGCUGAAGACAUUCUUUUUUUUUUUUUUUUUUUUUAAACAACUAAACUGAGACUAGAAGAGGCUGUUUCCGACAAAUGAGAAGGAAUCUGUAACACUUGGGUGGGGGGUGGGGGAUGGGGAAAACCAGUCCUUUUUACAUCUCUUAUUUUCUCUUGUCAUGGAACAGUUUUGUGAGUGACAGUUUCCUAAGGGUCCGUCCAUCCACCCUCCAAUGGCAUCAUUGUUUCAUACAUAUCAUAUGCACAAGACUUUUAGUGAUGUCCUCACUCGAUGCCAAUGAUCUUUUCCCAGAAGACUUCCCAAGUACAGUAUGUAGUAGAUUUUGAUUACAAAUGCUGACGUGUACCUUUAUUUUUUGGUUGUCAUUGUUGGGAGAAUUGUCCUUUUACCUUGCUUUGUUAACACCAAUUUGUGAGUUUGGGGUUGGAUUUUUUUUUUUUUAAUGAGAAGGAAAUGACAUUUCCAAGCAUCAUAUCAUUCAAGAACUUAAAUCCUUUCCUUGCGGAAGGAAAAAAAAUGCAGCUUAUUGACAAUAUGCCAGGAGAAUAAGUUUUUUAUAUGCACAUUUCCUCAUGUUUGCUUGUUUGUUGUUUUGCAAUUUGUCAUGGCCUGACAGAUGUUUCUAACUGUUGGGUUUCCAGUUGUUCACCGAGAUGAAGUGACCACCAGGUUGCUGGUGCAAUGAUGAGCAGCAUCACAGAAGGGUUUUUUUUGUUGUUGUUGUUGUUUUUUCAGGGGGGAGGGAAAGACGGGGGAGGAUAGAUGUGUCAUGGGAGGGAAUGGUGACUCCACAGCUGGCUGCCAGAGCCCCUCGGAGAUGUCUGACUGCUUAGAAAAGUGUCAGAAGUGGGUCGGUGCAUGUACCACAGAAAGGCAGGGUAAGCCUGGUCCUCUAAGAGGAGCUUAGCACACAGUUUCUCAGAGCCUGAAUUGUAUUAGCUGCUAGGUUGUGGAUGCUUCACUACAGUAACCAAACUCUGUGGAUGUGCUCUGUGCACUUUGGACACUCGGUCCCUUCGCUGGACAAUGCACUGGGGGCUCUGAACCAUCUUCAGUCUCAGCCAGUUGCCUCUUGGAGAGCCUGGGCGAGCAAAGGAAAAAACUCAUCUAGUAGCACAGGUCUCUGGAGGAAAAUGCCAUGGCUGAAGCUGAAUGGCCAGUCAGUGGAUUUAUAAAUAACUGAAAUAAAUACUUUAGUUACUCAACAGGUCUUUGGUAUGUGUAAAUACCACCAACCAAGUGCAGGGGAAAUACAAAUGAGAAUAAUUGGACUAGUUAUCCCUGUUCAGCACCAUCUCAUAUCUUCUGAAACAUGCCUACCAUCUUCCCCUGGCCACUUGUGGCAUAUUUCCACACAUCUCCUGGCCAUAUAACAUGCAUUUCCAAACUCUUGUCUGCCAUUGCCAUGUCAUUCGUAGUGUUCUUCUCUCAUUUUCAGCAGGAUGGAGUGUUUGAAGGCAUGUUUGUUGGGAGCUGGUUUGCCGUAUUUUCCAGGAGCUGGAUCCAAGAGGAAGCCUGUAGAUGAAACUCCUGAGCUGUCUAGACCUUUGUGGUCAGAUAUCAUCUCCCUAGAGUACUUGUCAUUUUCUUCUAUCAGGCCAGAUCAGAUGAUGAAGCACAUAUAAGUGGCAGGAGACCAUUCCCUGCAAGUGAGAGUUACUUCUCUGCUUAGCUUUUUCGCUGGCCAAAUGCUUGGUGCACAGCUUCAUCAGCAGGGGCUUUAACUGAAGGCAUUUUCCACCCAGCUCCUAUUCAUGUUAGAUCUCUACUGGUGGAUUGCAUUUUCUUUUGUAUAUUGUAUUUCCCUGCUCUUGCACCCAAAAGUACAUCUGUAGUCAUCAGAUGAACAUGAGCAGCAGGUGUGUGCUGGGGGCUUUGGGAUGUGUUCUGACAGCAAUGUUAUACCCUUUUAUCUGUUUCAGGGCAGAAUCUGAUGUGGAGGGAGUUCAGGGUGUGGGCAAUAGGUGUGUUGUAUGCAGGUGGUGGACAUUUGGGCUGCCUGUGUUAUAGCCAGUCUGUUUUAAUGUGUGCAGCUAGCUGAAGGGAUGCUUCGAAUGCCCUUGCGUUCAAAAAUCGCUACUCCUGAAACAAACUCAGUUUUAAAGAGCAGCAUGCAAAAAAUUGAUAGUGCCAACUAAACUACAGUGUUGUCAGAGGGCACGCAGAGGAAAAAAAAAAGUCUUCUCCACACGCCCUGUCCCACAGAACUGUGGAGCAGCAGUGAGACCUGCUCUCAUGGUGUGCCUCUUCCACAGCGUAGCUGCUCUGUUUUAACAAUUAACAGCUCCCAGGGGCAUGUCUUCCCCCAAGGCACGUCUGAAGCUGUUUGGUGGCAGGCCAGGCCGAGGGAAGCGCGGUGCUGCGCCAAGCUGCCUGCCCACAGCCAGCCAGCUCCUUUUUGUACGAGGGAUCUGCAGCACAAGGAGAGCUGUCUGUCCAGAAAACUCACCAGCAAAUUCCUGUGGGGCAGCCAUGUGGAAGGAGUGCACGAUCCCCUUCAGUUUUCUUUCCCAGGCAGUUCUUGACUGCUCUGUACCCUCUGUUACAUGCCUGCACACACCAAGGAUAAGCAAUGGCCAGGCAGGAUCCCCCUUCAGAGCCAGCCACUAUCAGACAGGGCUUGGAAGGACGCUUUAGGUCAUUUGAAGACGUUUUUUCUCAAUGCACGGAAUCUCCUCACUGGCUAGCAUCAUGCACCUACCAGACCCGAGCCACUGUGAAGGAUGGGACCACACAGCUCAGUGCCACAACGCACCAAAGCCAUGGCAGCUGUCUGCAGGACAGAGAGAGCACAUCUUUUACCUCUUCCUCUGACCAAAAUCACAUGUAACGAGUCACACAUUCCAUCUGAACACCAGGCAUUGCUGGCAUCAUAUCGGUCUGUAUCUGACUGGGAAGGACUAAUGGUGAAUUGGACCUAAAAGAGAAAUGAUCCAUAAAACACUGCAGUUUUCUGCAUCCUUCCAGCUUUCCGGAGAGGAUGAGGAACCAAGCUCCUGUGAAGUGCUCUGGUUGUAAAUGCUUCUGGUGGAUGCUGCAGUUGGUGGCAGUCACCAAAAUGACUUUAAUGUUUUUAUUUCAUGAGUAUCAAAUGUGCAGCUGGGAAAUAUGAGCCUAAUGGCAAAAUUCAGCAUCAUGUGGAGAGCAAGUAACAAGGGGAAGACACAUGACAUUUACAUUAUGAAAUACUAUGGUUCAUGUGCAUGUGUGAAUACUUAACAAAAAUCAUCACAAUGAGAAUUUUUUUCAGGCACCUUGUUGCCAUUUCCACAUUUUCCCUCCACCUUUCAAGCUAGCUCCUCUCCCCUAUUUUCCACUGCCACCUGUUGCUGAAGGUCACCCACGUCUUCUGAUGGCAUCCAGCAGAAGAGCUGAGCAGGCCAUUAAGUUGAAAGUACUGGAUGAGUUGGCCAGUGCUAAAAAUCAAAUCAUAUGGAGCAUCAGGGAGCAGAGUGAAGAAAGCAAAGCAUAUAUGGAUAGUAGAAAGGUAAAAGAAUCACCACAGUGCUAUUUUGUAUGGGUCAUUUUCAACAGUUGCCGCCAGCCCUUUACCUGGAAUUAGCAGCAAAGUUGUAAGCCAGGCAAAAUGAAAAAUGAAUUUGCAAGACAGAGCACUGCCAGGAGUCACGAGCUGUGGGGACACAGACACAAGGCACUACGUGCUGCACUGCCCCUCCACAAAUUAUCUUCUACUGCCACCACCCCUAAAAUCCCAGGACUACCCUUCACAAACCUGAUGGCGAUUUGUGCCUUGCAGCAGCUGAGGAUCUGCUGGUUACGGUCUGGCUUCUCCUCUCCGUAGUAUUCCCUUUACCAAGCAGUAGCUUUCACUGGCAGUAACCUUCCGUGUGAUCUGGGUAAAUGCUGCUGUCACAGGGCUUAGCAAUUAUACAGUUAUUAUGUCAGUAUUUUGAUUCAAAUGUAAAGUUUUAUCCCACAGCUCCGUGGCGGUCAUAGCAGAGCCACCUUGUUUGUGCUGACAGCAUGCACCUGUGUUUCUGUGUGCAGGGAGACAUACGGCAUAGCAUCAUCCUGUGUAGGGCUAGGAGAAAGCAGGGCUACACCUUGGUGUAAAUCUGGCUUGAAAAAACUGCCAUAAAGUGGCUGUCAUCCAGUGCAGAGAUGCCUCCUGAUCCGGCAUUUCAUGAGCUAAGGAGAGGGGUUCUGUGAUAGGUGCUGGCUGUGCUAAUAAUGUUGUUUUUUUCCCCACACGCCUUGAAGUCAUUCUUUGUAUUGGUGUCCAAGGGAAGAUUCUUUCCCAGUAAUCGUCAUGCUGCAGAUCAGCAGCAGCUUGUAGAGAAAAGCUCUUGUUGCAUUUGAGCAGCUGAGAAAGCUUCUUGGUAAAUUUUCUAGGCUCAUUUGUAUGAAACCUGCAAUCAGGGCUUGAAUUCUGUGGCAUCAUUAACAGUUGUAUCCUCUAACAACACAAUAAAUCUGUGGCUGUCUUGGAUUUAUGAAUCCAAAGUGCCUGGAAGUAACACUGUUGUCCAGUUUGUUUUAGCUGAGUCUAUUUCUUCAAUGCAUUUCAUCUUCCUUUCUGUGUGUCGGACUUGAGACUGAUUUAAUGUAGGUCUUUUCCAUCUUGAAAAAUUUUACAAGUUCUUCACAUACAGUAUUCAUCAUUUCCCCCUUCCAAGUUCUAAGAACACCUAACAUUGCACCAGCUUCAUUGGUGCAGUCAGCUGGCACUUAUCCGAUGUCAUAAAAGACAUCCUAAGAUUUACCUUCUUUGCUGUGUUCCCCUCUCUCCAUGCUGCGAUCUCUUAGUGAAGCUAGGGCUUGACGUGCCUUCAGCUCUAGGAUCAACAGUCCUUUUUAUCAGACAGUUACUAAGUUACAUGUCCUCAAAAUUUCAGUCUGCUUUCUUUCCAUGAUUCUGUCCUGGAUCUUUAGUCUGUGACUUGAGCACCAGUCCCAUCUGCUUAUGAUGUUGGUUCCACCAUGUUCACAAUUCAAUGCACUGAUUUCAUCUUGUCAUUGCUGAGAACUACUGGAGUUCUCCUACUAUGCAAAACGUUUAUAUAUUUUUUCUCCCUUCAGACUCAUUUUGGCCUCAUUUUUAGAAUUCUCCAGGAUGACUUUGCUUAUUGUAGCUAUUGAACCCUUUCCAAAGACAGGACACCACUUCUGUGUGUGUUUACUUUCAUAUGUGAUGCAUUCCAUGCUCCUAGAAAGCUCCCUGCAUUUUGCAAUUAUUUUCUGAAAUUUACUUUACUGUUCUCCCUCUAUGUUAGUCCUACCCAUUCUACUGCCUAAUGUUAGUUGCAGAAAUUUAGGAAUAGAAUCGAGAGGUCUUCUCUCCCCUCAAAUCUGUGUUUCUCUUAAUUUUCAUUCCUUGCUGUCCUACAAAUAAUUCAGCAGUUUCUCAUGUUCUCAGUUCUGUAAGAAAUUUGCACUUCUCUGCACUCCUGUGCUUUGUAGGCAAGCAGCAGCAGUCCCACUUACGUAAUAUGGUUUGAUCACUGACUCAUUUUUUGUUUAGCCAUGGACUGUUAGAUAUUCUACUCCCCGACUGCCAUUCAACAAGCCACAGGACUUAACCUCAUGUGCCUCAUAUUUUUCAGAAGCUCAAUUUUGCCUUCUUUUGGUUUGCUUGAUCCUUUUCCCAUUGUUUUCAUUCCAGAAAAUUUCAGGAUUUUUUCAGUUGUCUUACCUGUAGCUUCUGCUCCUACCUCUAGGGUCAGUCUUGAGUUCCUGCACAGAUAGCGUGCUGUCUCCUUUGAUAGCUCUACUAAGUCUAAGGGGUAAAGAAAUAAUCUUUUAUGAAUCUUUAAUAGCCAAACAGCUAUGUUAGCAAAACUAAUUGAAGGAGUUCAAGGAAGCAUGUUAUUCUAGCCUGAGGUUUAAACAGACAGUCAAAUCCCACUUUUCCCCCAAACUGUAAUUCUGCACUGCCCCCUUGUUGGCUCCAGUCUGUGGUCUGCAAGCUGGCUUAGGAGUUUGGAAGGCAGAGGAUGCCAAAAGCUCUGUACCCAGCUGAAGAGGUCCUCAUGUUGUGGACACCACCCUGAGACAGGUAGCGUGGCAAAUCCACACCCUUGCUUGGUCUUUUCUGAGAAUGAAUGCAAAGCCUCUGCUAACAGAUAUUAGCACCCAAUGGUCUUCACAUAAGGGUGGUGUUAUGAGCCAGUACGGGAUGUACGGAUGUACUUAGUUCUCAAAGGGAUAUGCAGAAACUAAGAAAUGUGCAAAGAAGGGCCACAGGAGCAGCCAGAAGACUUUGGAAGUAUGAGAGGGGACUAAAUAGACUUUGAUUCUAGGUGUGACAGAGGCAAACGAUGAUAAGAAAUUUCAUGCCAUUAAAUCAGGAAAGAUGUGAGCGAGGUGAGUAAGAGGUAGUCACUAUUUCUCACAAUAAAAGAAGGGCCACAGGUGAAGUGAAAUACGCUAUGCCAAAGCACAGUGACUGAAUGCUGGAACUCCCUGCUGCGGGAUGUUGAUGAUGCUAAGCAUUAGAUACUUUCAGAAGAGGAUUGGACACAUUUGUGAAAGUAAGAUCUGUAGUAGCAUCCUCAAUGCAAAAAUACCUCUUCUGUUUUUUUUUCUGGGUCAUGGAUGCCUGGGGGCAUGGAGUGUAUGACACGACUCCUACUAGCACGUCUGUUAUACCGUCUUGUGGCUGACACGUUGUGGCUUUUUCUGGUGAAGGAUUUCCACAUGGAGCCAGAGGGGUACUCCCCUGUCAGGGGAAACCACUCAAUUCCUCCUCCCCGUUCCUUGUGUAACACGGGGCAUCUCUGGGAUUCACAGCGUAUCAUCAGAGCUUCAAACAGCAGCAAUGGCACAAAAGGGAAGGCUUCUUGGUGGGCCAUCAUGCUGAAUGUGGAAGCUCUCUGUGGAAGCAACCUUGUCUCGGCUUUCUUUUCUGGUUCAGAGAACCUGAGGCAUGGAGACAGCUGCUGGAGGAAGAAGUGUUUCCUUUGCUUCUUCCAACAUGGUUUGUUUGCUGGCAGUGAGACUGUUGCACCUGCAUUGGAGAUGAGCUCAGCCUGCAUGCGCAGUCGCUGCAGGUUGCAUGGAUGUGAGUCCAAAUAAACACACGAGAGCUGCCUCAAGGAUGAAAAUUCAGGAAAGAAGCCUGGGACAAGCUUUUAAAAUGGUCAAACACAUCUCAACGUGAUUCAGAGCUGGGCUAGGUGUCUGCAGUGAAAGCCAAGAGGCAUCCCAGAGCACAAACCAAGCAUUGGGGCCUCCAGGACAAGAUACAGUCGGGUAUUAAGUGCAAGGUUCAGUUGUGAGUGCUGGCCCCGUUCUGAAUUUGUUCUCUAUGUCCUGGGGACAACUUAGGUCCAGACAAAACGUAUGUUUCUUCGGAUACCUUGAUAGCAUAAAUAAAGAGCUAUCUGAUACAGGCAAUGAUUCAUUUCCCUCUUCCAAGUAGCCCAGGAAUGUGGCAGAAGAUCCUGUCUGGGGCAGAAGGGAUGCUGGCUGUGUAGUCCUAACACCCUGCCGACCUCUCUAAGCUAUGGAAGAUGAGGAAAGGGACACACAGUUUGGUGUAUUUGUAUUUUCUUCUGAUCUGUCUUGUUUGACCCCCUCUCUGAUCUCCAGUAUGAUUCUCUGUUCUUUCCUCUGCUCUGGAAGGAAAAGAACCAGGGUACUUCUAGCUGAUGGUUUUAUUAGCUCUCCGAUGGUUCUUUUUCUUCUCUGAAAAUCCCAGCUCCUGUGUUUAUGAUCCUGGGAGCACUGGGGUCAUAUGAACAUCACAGCCUUUAUUGCAAAUGGGACAGCCCAGACCUCAUAUGAGGAAGCACAGGUGCAUGGCUGCCGCUUCCAUGCUGGCUUCUACUGAGCACUGUGUCUGCCCUACCUUACCCGAGUACCUCACAGUCUGUAAAGCACACAUCCUAGAGACAAGCUAAGGCUUACCACAGGGCUGAGGUACAGAGAAAUAAAGACUGACAGCCACUGAAGUCAAAGAUUUGUUGAGACAUGAGCAUGGACUCUCAGACAAUUUAAGUGUCUUGGUUCCCAAACACGUGUCCCUCUUGCAAAGAGAGCAGUCCAUGGCACACACAGCUCUAGUAUGCCAGUCUGUGCUCCUUCUAGAACCUCCAGAUCCUCCAGAUGCUGAGAUCAUUGCUUCAUUUCUCCCCUCUUCAUCAUGGCCUUCCUCAAACAAGACCACACAUCACAUCACACCCCUUGUCCUAAUGCUGGAGCAGGGGUGGGACAAAUCAGGGACUGGGGAGGUUGCAUCUGCUCCUUCACUUCUGAUCCAAAAGAGAGACCCACAAGGAUAUGCUCUACUGGAUCCCCUCCUUUUGUGACUUCAUCCAUUUUUCACACUGUGAACCUUAAAUCCCUUUUCUUUCUUAUUGCUUGUCCCCUAUCGGUGGCCGUCUCUUCUCUACAUUGCUUUGUGUAUUCAUCGUGUAGAAUCAUAACAUCUGCUUGGGUUGGAAGGGACUUAAUCCAACCCCCUGCCAUGGACAGGGACACCUCCCACUAGACCAGAUUGCCCCAAACCCCAUCCAAUCUGGUCUUGAACACUUCCAGGGAUGAGGCAUCCACAACUUCUCUGGACAACCUGUUCCAGUACCUCACAACCCUCACAGUGAGGAGUUUCUUCCAAAUAUCUACUCUAAAUCUACCCUCCUUCAGUUUAAAGCCGUUGCCUCUUGUCCUAUCACUAGGACACAGAUAGCCAAACUACCCUCUGCAGCUUCAGGUAUCAAGAGGCUUCUGAGGAACUGAAGAGCCAACGUAGCUGCCCAUGUUUCUAUUUUAAAAGACUCGCAGGGACAACCUGUCCCAGCUCAACAACUAGACCCUGGGUUAGCAAGGCAAGGGAGAAAGAAAGAGAGUCCUGUAGGGAAGGCUUAUGCUGAAGGCUGAAAGGUGGUUCGGGGAGGUGGCAGUUCUGUAGCAGGAUAGAUAGAGGUUGAGCGUUGUGGCAACGAGUCCACCUGCUUGUCAGGACCUUAGAUUACUGUGGUGUGCUUGCAUAGCUCCUCCAACGCGACCAGGUGGGAAGCAAUCAGCCUCAAAUGGAAGAGUUGUGGAGAAACUGACCAUAUUGUAGGGAAGUUUGUAGGGAAAUUAUGCCAGGCUCUGAAUUCCUCGCAGCUUUAAGCAGUGUAGGAUGGGGGAAUUAUGUGGAACUACCCCAAAACAAGCAUGUGUAGUGAACACUACUUUCUAUCACCAAUGGUCCAAGGAUUCAUCAGCUGGGCUCCAGGAGUAUCCCCAACCUUAUUUUCCUACUAUUCAUCAUCCUGUGUGUUGGUCAUGGCCCUGUGGACAAUGUAACAUUUUUCAUGACAACAUUUGUAUUUUUUUUUUAAUUGUGAAUGGGGAGAUAGUGUGCAGGUCCUUGUUACACAGGGAUGUGUCUUCCAUUCAGAUCAGGGCUUCCCCUGGCUUUGUCAGAUGUCUUUCAAUGUUACUGAGAAAAAUAAAUAAAGAAAGAAAUCAGAUGUAUUUAUAAAGGAAACAGAAACCCGCUGCUCCAAUGCCUUUGUAGGAGUAUUUUUAACAAAACAUUUUUUCAAAAUAAAUGUGAAUUGUAAAGUUUAAA